AUUUUGCCGGAUGAGACAACCUACCAGUUGUUGCGGCUCUUGGAAGAGAGAGAAAGAGAGAGAGAGAGAGAGAGAGAGAGACUUUUUUUAGGGAGUGAGAGAGAAAAUAUUUAGAGAGACAGAGAGAUGGCGACUGCCAUGGAGAUGGGAUCUCAGUGCCACCAGCAAAAUCACUACUACUACCACUUCCAACCACUCUCUUUGAUCCUUUGAGAGUUUGGAAACCAGACUGUAGCUUUCUUCUUCUACUUCUUCCUCUUCUUCUUCUUCUUCAUCUCUUUCAGUGGUUGCUCAAAGAGUAGGAAUGGAAUAUCGAAAGAAUAUCGAAUAUUCUUCUGUUAGGACUUUUGGGUUUGUUUCUGCAUAUUUGAUCUGUGGUUUCUGCUUGGGUCCCUUAAAGAAGCUCGAUGGGUUCCCGGUUCCCAUCUCAUCAACUCAGCAAUGGCCUAUAUGUAUCAGGCCGGCCUGAGCAGCCAAAAGAAAGGACUCCAACAAUGAGCUCAGUAGCCAUGCCUUAUACUGGUGGUGAUAUAAAAAAGUCAGGAGAGUUGGGGAAAAUGUUUGAUAUCCCUAUGGAUGGUUCUAAGUCUAGGAAAUCUGGACCAAUAACCGGUCCUCCUUCAAGGGCUGGAUCUUUUGGAGGUGCUGCUUCACAUUCAGGUCCCAUCAUGCCAAAUGCUGCAGCUAGGGCAGCCUAUACAACAUCAGGUCCUGUUCCUUCUUCAGCUUCUGUAAAAAAGACAAAUUCUGGGCCUCUUAAUAAACACGGAGAACCUGUGAAGAAGUCAUCUGGUCCUCAAUCAGGUGGAGUGACACGACAGAACUCUGGCCCUAUACCAGUUCUACCUGCAACCGGUCUUAUAACAUCUGGACCCAUUUCUUCAGGGCCACUAAAUUCAUCUGGGGCCCCUAGAAAGGUAUCAGGUCCUUUAGAAUCUAUGGGAUCAAUGAAAGCACAAGGUGCUUCUGUAGUUCACAAUCAGGCUGUGACCAAUCUGAGCCAAGGCGACGAGUAUUCCUUCAGAAGAAAUUUCCCAAAGCCAAUACUGUGGUCUGUGAUACUGAUAUUUGUAAUGGGGUUCAUAGCUGGUGGUUUUAUUCUUGGAGCAGUUCACAAUGCCAUUCUCCUCAUUGUCGUGGUAAUUCUUUUCGGCACAGUUGUUGCAUUAUUCACUUGGAAUACUUGUUGGGGAAGAAGAGCUAUCAUAAAUUUCAUUUCUCGCUAUCCUGAUUCUGAGCUUAGAACUGCUAAAAAUGGACAACUCGUGAAGGUCUCUGGGGUGGUAACGUGUGGUAAUGUGCCCCUUGAGUCAUCCUUCCAAAAAGUUCCUAGAUGUGUGUAUACAUCAACAAGUUUAUAUGAAUAUCGAGGAUGGGAUUCAAAGCCAGCAAACUCUACACAUCGCCGUUUUACAUGGGGACUUAGAUCAUCAGAGAGGCAUGUGGUAGACUUCUACAUCUCUGAUUUCCAAUCUGGCUUGAGGGCGUUGGUUAAGACUGGUUAUGGAGCAAGGGUGACUCCUUAUGUUGAUGACUCUGUUGUUAUUGAUGUUAAUCCAGAGAACAAAGAUUUGUCUCCAGAGUUCGUCAGGUGGUUGGGCGAGAGGAAUCUUUCAAGUGAUGAUCGUAAAAUGCGACUAAAAGAAGGGUACAUCAAAGAAGGUAGCACAGUUAGUGUGAUGGGAGUUGUCCAGCGAAACGACAAUGUGCUUAUGAUUGUCCCUCCACCUGAACCGUUGGCCACCGGAUGCCAAUGGGCGCAAUGCAUCUUUCCUGCUAGCCUCGAGGGUAUUGUUUUGAGAUGUGAAGAUGCAUCGAAAAAUGAUGUUAUACCUGUUUAGUUGAAGUAUAUGCUGGGCUCAAAACUUGCUCAGGCAUCUUCUGAGAAAUAUUUUGUAUCCAAAAUUGAAAUCAAUGGAGGUACUGGUGAUGGCUUUUGUAGUUGUAAGCAGCAAGGGGUGUGGUGAUGGUUUAAGGUGAUCAUAUGGUUUUCCUCUCUUUUUUUUUUUAUUAAUUUUUUUCUUUUCCUAUUUUCUUAUUCUUUUCUUGCGUUUUAGCUUGGUGUAUAAUUUUUAGGAAUAUGUUUCUAUUAUUUUUCCUAGGUUUGGAAAGCUUUUGUUAAUGGGUGUGGCUUGAUGUAGUGGCAAAUUUUACAUGUUUGCGCAGACUGCAAAAGUACCUUAUAAAAUGGAAGGUGUUAUAUAAUUCAUGAGUUUGAUA